UUUUCGACUCCUGCAAUUUCCUUCUUCAUCAAUACACAAGCCAACACAAAUUCAACCCAAUAUACAGAAGAAAAAAAGAGGGAAAAAAAUCAUGGCAGUGAAAAACUCAACAUCAGCUCAUGGAAAACGUUCGAGGAGAAAAGCCGAUGAUUCAUCUUCUCUGAUCCCCAAACUUAUGAAAACCCCAAAAACAACAAUGGCUUUAGCUUUACUCAUCAUUGACUCCGUCCUCGUUUCCUUCAUCAUCGCUUACGUCCCUUAUACGAAGAUAGAUUGGGACGCUUACAUGUCUCAGGUUAGUGGGUUUCUUGGAGGAGAAAGGGAUUAUAAUUUCCUUCUUGGGGACACUGGGCCGCUUGUCUACCCGGCUGGUUUCCUUUAUGUUUACUCUGCUAUUCAGUAUGUUACUGGAGGACAAGUUUUUCCAGCUCAGAUUUUGUUUGGGGUUUUAUACACCAUAAACCUGGGAAUUGUCUUAUUAAUCUAUGUAAAGACUGACGUGGUUCCAUGGUGGGCUCUUAGCUUGCUUUGUCUUUCAAAGCGAGUUCACUCAAUAUUUGUGCUUCGACUGUUUAAUGAUUGUUUUGCAAUGACAUUCCUCCAUGCUGCAAUGGCAUCCAUUCUUUUUGGGUGGUGGCGAUUCGGGUUGAUUAUUUUUAGUGCUGCAGUUUCAAUAAAGAUGAAUGUCCUCCUCUUUGCUCCAUCUCUUUUUAUACUCAUGAUAAAGGCUAUGAAUAUCAGUGGGGUAAUAUCAGCUUUAGCAGGUGCGGCACUUGUGCAGAUUGUGCUUGGGCUGCCAUUUCUAGUUUCGUAUCCAAUUGAAUAUAUAUCGCGUGCCUUUAAUCUUGGACGUGUUUUCAUCCACUUCUGGUCUGUCAACUUCAAGUUCAUUCGUGAACCAAUUUUUGUGUCGAAGGAAUUUGCCAUCACUUUACUGAUUGCUCACCUUGUUUUGCUUAUAGUAUUUGCUCAUCAUAAAUGGUGCAAGCAUGAAGGUGGGCUUUUUAAGUUUUUAUAUUCAAGGAUUAGGUGUUGUUUGUCAUCGUCCAGUUCUCCUUGGCCAAAACCCCUCAAGAAAGAACAUAUUGUGACGACCAUGUUUUCUGGAAACUUCAUUGGCGUUAUAUGUGCCCGUUCAUUGCAUUAUCAAUUCUACUCUUGGUAUUUCUAUAGUUUGCCUUACCUAUUAUGGAUAACACCUUUCCCUACGUUGCUUCGUGUGCUUAUUUUCGUUGGAGUGGAGCUGUGCUGGAAUGUGUUCCCAUCCAACUUGUAUUCAUCUAUUCUGCUCCUUUGUCUGCACUUACUUAUACUGUUGGGUUUGUGGUAUUCUACGCCCGAAAAUCCUUACGCGAGUGAGAAGUCGGUUAGUCGAAAGGAAAAAUGAAGCACCCAACCAUUGUAUGAACUUUCUUCAUUUUACCAUUCGAUGAAAUGAUGAAUCCAUUCAUUUCUUAAAGGUUUAAUCAUACCCCCGACCCUUGUAUUCUUAAGAUAU